AUGUCCAUCACAACUAUUUUUGUGCAGGUCGUCAAAGGAUCAUCGCCAUUAUGGAUUCGUAUUCUCAUGGGCAUACUACGAAUAUGGUUUUUCAUUUACGACUGCUUGAACUAUAUUCCUUAUCAGUUGUUCAAUUCACCUACAGAGAAACUUCGCAGGUCGAGCAAAGUCAAGGCCCAAUGGGUUGAUGCACGUGACGGCCCUAUCAGGCAUGUGGAUGGUUUAAAAACUGAAGAGUUUCCUGGAAAAGACACGGUUGAUAAGGUAUGGCGCCAUAUUGUGGAAUUGUAUGAUGAGGCCCCUGCUCUUGGAACUCGGCAGUUGUUAGCAGUUCAUCAUGAAAAGCAAGAUGGUGGACGAGUUUUUGAGAAGUGGGAAAUGGGCGAAUAUGAAUGGAUGUCAUACCGGGAGGUCGAAGCCAAGGUUGUCAUAUUCGCUGAAACCCGAGCUCACUGGCUUAUCACCGCUUUGGCAUGUUUCCGAGCCAACAUUCCAAUUGUUACCGUAUACGCCACUCUGGGUGAAGAUGCAAUUGCACACGCCAUUGAUGAAACAGGCUCUUCUAUUCUUAUCACGUCAGCAGAACUGCUGGGAAAAAUCGAGACUCUUGGCAAACGCUGCCUUUCUCUUCAUACUCUCAUCUAUUUCCCUCCAGUGAACAAAGAUGCACCACACCCAAAUUUGGAACCUUUCCGAAAACAAUUCAAGGACGUUUUGGCCUUCAAGGAUCUUAUGGCAAGAACGAAUGCAUCCAUCAAGCAGUCCACGGCUUCUCCUGAAGAUCUUGCAUUAAUCAUGUACACAUCGGGAACUACUGGUCCACCAAAGGGUGUCAUGUUGUUACAGAGGAACAUAGUUGCUGCUAUAUGUGGACAGGGUAACGGUGUCGCUAUCAUCAACGACACUGACACGUAUAUAGGAUAUUUGCCUUUGGCGCACAUCCUCGAAUUAGAUGCCGAGCUCACGUCGCUCAGUUGCGGAUGUAAGAUCGGCUACUCAAGUCCAUUGACGUUGCAUGAUCGUGCUAGUAAAAUCAAAGCGGGUACUCAUGGUGACUGUCAUGCCCUUCGACCAACAUUGAUGGCUGCUGUGCCUGCAAUCAUGGACCGAAUAUUCAAAGCCGUUUCGGAAGAAGUCGCCGCCAGUCCGAGAAUAAUGCAAGAGCUGUUUAAGUUGAAUUACGAACGUAAGCGGGCUCGAUACCAGGAGGGCUACUGCAGUCCAUUCCUCGACAGGAUCGUUUUCAAAAAGAUUCGCCGACUACUAGGAGGGAAGUUGAGAGGGGUGCUAUCUGGUGGUGCUCCCCUGAACGCCGAGACGCAAAGAUUUAUGAAUAUCUGCAUGUGUUGCCCAGUCGUUCAGGGCUACGGUCUAACCGAGACAUGCGGUGCUGCCUGUGUAGCCGAUAUCAACGACCUCAGCACAGGAACUGUUGGACCUCCCGUUCGCUGUUGUGAAAUAGUGCUAAGAGAAUGGGCUGAAGGCGGGUAUUCACCGUUCAAUGACCCUCCUCAAGGUGAAAUACUGAUCACCGGUGAUAACGUCUCACCUGGGUAUUUUAAGCAGCCAGAGAAAACGGCCGAGGAGUUCAUUAUGUAUAAGGGCAAAAGAUACUUCUGCACAGGAGACAUUGGUGAGAAGCGGAAAGACGGAUCGUUGAUCAUAGUUGAUCGUAAAAAGGACCUCGUAAAAUUACAACAUGGCGAAUACGUCUCUCUCGCAAAGGUGGAAUGCGCCCUUCUUAACUGCCCAAUAAUUGACAAUGUUUGUGUAUAUGGAUAUGGACUUGAGGCCAACACGGUUGCUUUGGUGGUGCCGAAUUUGAAGCAUUUGGAAAAGAUUGCCGAAGAGGUCGGAGAACCGUCACGAGAUCUCAAAACGAUGUGCAGAAAUGAAAAAGUGGAGGCUGAGUUCUUGAAACGACUCAACGAACAUGCCAAGAAGAGUAAACUGUCAAGAACAGAAAUGCCCGUUGCCAUCCACUUGUGCGAAGAUAUCUGGACGCCUGAUAGCGGCCUUCUCACCGAAGCUCUCAAAUUGAAGCGAAGACCUCUUCAAUUGAAGUACCAGACAGUAAUUGACAACAUGUACGAUAAGAUUCGUUUAUCACAAACAUAA